ACUCCAUUCCGCGCUCUAGUGGCGAAAUAAUGUAUUGUACAUCUUAGUUCCUGGUUUAUGUGUAGGUACAUGCUCUCGGCACACCGCGCACCAUCAACUUUUUAAAAGAAUGGAAUAAGUCCAUUCUCUAUUCCGCGUAGAUACGUCCCGUGAGCGUUGCAAUAAACUCGACGUGUUGGUCGCAAAUACCGCACCAGGCAUGACUUUGUAGGCUACUCUGCAGGCUUUUCUCCAGAGUAGGCUUGUCAGCUUGCAACCGCCAGCGAGCUAACUUGCUAGCCAUAUACAUGCAGUCCAAGAUGACUGACUGCUGUGCUGCGACGAACUGUGGGUCUGACCAGGGGAAAACGGAUUCAGAUGUAACCCUUUUCAGUUUUCCUUCGGACCCUGACCGCUGUAAACAAUGGCUGGACAACUGCCAUCGUCCAGACUUGGCAUCAAAAGGUCCUGAAGAGUUGCAUAAACUCUACAAACUUUGUGCCAAACACUUUGAGCCCUCCUUAAUUUCCCAUGAGGGGACUUCCGAUUUUGUGUUGAAGGAAGAUGCAGUUCCGACAGUGUUUGAAGACACAGAACCAUCAACCAUUCCAACAACCACCGAUAGAAAACGAGCUGGUGAUCCUCUUGAGGAGGAACCUGCUUCUGUCAAGAAAUCAAAAGAAAAUACCGAAUCCCAUGAGGUCCAUGAAGAGUCUGAGGUAUCCGGACAAAACAGCACAACGUGUGUAUCCCUACCACGAGAUGAUCCGAUGCAAGAGGACACGGCGGGCUCCAAAGCCCGAGAGUCUCUCAAAGUCUAUUUCAAGGAAGUCCUUGCUCUAACCGGGUUCAGCAUCAAUGGCACGAAUAUAGAUGAACCGAUGAUGCAGCUGGGAGAAUCCCGGGGCAGGCCGGAACUCAAUCCGAUCUGUGUGGAGAAAAUCGACCAGAAAGAGAUCCUCCAGUUCAGCGAGGACCUCAUGCGUGACGAGAUCCAGAACAGCCUGCAAAUGGCGCGCUUCUUCUCCAUCCUGCUGCAGGACGCCACCAACAUGGAGGGCAAGGAGCAGAUCCCGGUGUUUGUACGCUCCGUCACGGUCGAGGGCUUCCCCCAGAAGCACCUCAUCGGCUUCCUCCCCUGCGAGUUGGACACAGAGAACCUGUUUUACACUCUUCUCACGGAGCUGCGGAACAAGUGGGGCCUGAGGAUGGAGCAUUGCCGCGGGCUCUCCUACCUGGUGACCGGCGGCAUGUGCCAGAAGAUCAGGGACCUCACCUGCAGGAUCCUCCAGGAGUUCCCACAGGUGGUGCUCUCUCCCAGCGACCCCUACGUCUUCAACAUCUGGAUCAUCCGCUGCAUGCCGGUCCCCUUCAUCCAGAGUGUCACGGACGCCGUCGAGGAGGUGGCCGGGCUCAUCAGGAGAACGCCGGAGCUCAGCCAGAGGCUUGAGGGCAAGAUCCAGAUGACGUACGGGCACGUGAAGGGCCGGGUGGACGGCAUCAAGGAGGCCUGCCGGGGGAACUGGGAGUACCGCACGGACGCCUUCCAGACCAUGCUGGACAUCCUGGAGCCGUUCCUCAACGUCAUCAACGAAGUGAUCUCCAAGGUGGACGAGGACACCGCCGAGCAACUGGCCAAGCUCCGGCCCACGCUGAAGAACUUCAACUUCAUCGUCACCCUGGUGGUCCUGAAGAACACCCUUUGUUGCGUGAGCAUACUGAACUCGAGUCUCAGGGGCAUCAUCAGCAUCAGCAGCACAUUGCAGUACACCAUCUCCAACGCCUUAAAGCUGGUCACCAAGUACCAGCAGGAGAUCGCCAUUUUCCACCGGAAGUGGUUUGGCGACGCGAUGGGCCGGGCCAAGAAGCUCGGCGUGGAGGUCACGGUGCCCGAGCCCUCGCUUGCCGCGCUGGCGGCGGACAGCGCGACCGCCACCGACACCCCCCUGGAGGACAUGUUCCGCGAGAACCUGAGCCGGCCCAUCCUGCAGUAUCUGGUGGCGGAGGUCAAGCGGGUGUUCAGCGUGGAGAUGGUGCGCAUCCUCCGGUGGCUGUCUCUGGUGCCGUCGUACAUGGCGGACCACAACUUCAGCAUCCGCCGGGACAAGGUGGCGGACGCCAACCUGAACAACCUCGCCCGGCCGGACACCUUCUACGAGGAGCUGGGCUGCUGGGAGCUCAAGUGGAGACACGCCAGCAAGCGUCGGAUCCUGCCCACCACCGUGUUUGCCACUCUGAAGAUCCAAGACAUCGGCUUCUACCCCAACGUGCAGAGUCUGCUGAGGGUCUUGGGCACCGUCCCCUGCGUGAACGCCGAGGCCGACGUCUACGGCCAGUACAACAUGGUCCUGGAGAGAUGUCAAUUCUACCUCAAAGGCACACCGCCGGAGCUGAGACGAUGCCAUUUGGCAUACGUGUUUGUGAACCAAGACGUGCACUUCAACGUGGAGCAGAUGGUCGAGACCUAUGCGAAAACCCAUCCGGAAAUCAUGCAGUUGUUACAAACGGAAAAUGCAGUUAAAGCAAAGCAACCCAAAGCAGUUGCAAAUGAUGGAAACCAUGUGGAAAAGGACAACGAAGACGAGUCGAAACCGAUGACCAUAGAAAUGGAGGGCGAAAAACUGGUCGAGCUGAAGUGUGCCGAGACCGACCGAGAGGCGCUCAAGUCCGCCCUUCAGGCAGCGGUGACCGCCGCAUACAACAGCCAGAGCCGGCAAAACACCGAAGUCUCCGCCGAACAAGAAAGCGAGGUGUCCAAGUACGUGUCCAAGUCGGAGAUGAAGGAGGUCCUGAACGUUUGCGAGAACACGGUCCGGGACGGCAUCCUACUGGAGGUGGGGAGCUCCUUCUUCUCCCUGUUCAUCGACCGCGUGGUGACGCUCGGGGAGAAGGACUACCUCCCGCUCUUCCUGAGGUUCGUGGACAGCUUUGACGUCAUGCGCUUGGAGCUGAUGGGGUUCGCCGAGGCCGACCUCGAGUGCGACGCCAUGGUCGAGCGCCUGUUGGAGAUCCUCACCGUGGAGUGGCGCCUGGAUCUGAAGUACUGCCGGGGCCAGGCCUACCUGGGCUCCGGGGACAUAUCCUACAAGCUGAAGGCCUUUGCGUGCAAGGUCCAAGAGAAGUCCCCGCUGGCGAUAAGCACACACAGCUCCUGCUACUCCUUCAACACGUGGUGGUCCAAGACGAUCCCGGUGCCGGCCAUCACCAAAGCCCUCGAGGUGUUUGAGGAGGUGCUCGUGUUUUUCGGUAGCAGCUCGCUGCUUGAGAAGCAGGUCGACCACGUCAUCGCCUACGGCCUCAGGGAAAGCUACGAGAAGGUCCAAGAGUUGCAAGGGAAGUUCUGCUCCCUGUGGCAAGAGAAGCACGACUCUUAUGAAGUCUUUGUCCAAAUAAUGGAGCCUCUGGUUGAGUGUCUGGAGAAGAUCAAAAACAACCCGCAGCGAUGGAAGGAAUCAUUGUCCGAACAAGCGGGCUCGCUGCUCCGGAAGAUAAUGGACUUUGAUUUCAUCAUCGCCAUGGUGAUCCUGAAAAACACCUCGUCCUUCACCAAGGAGCUCAGCGCGGGCCUGCAGAAGGACCACUUCAGCGCCGCCUCCCAGCUGUGUCAGAUCAGCGGCAUCCUGGCUACCCUGAGCCGGGUGAAGACCAACAUGAAGGUGUUCCACCAGAACUGGUUUGACGAGGCCUGCGCCGUGGCCCAGAGCCUCCGGGUCCAGGUGGAGGAGCCCGAGUGCCCCGGCCAGCCCCGGGACGCGGCCAGGAAGCCCCUGGGCUACUUCAAGGACGCCCUGAGCGUGCCCCUCAUGGACAACCUCAUGACGGCCGUGAAGGACCACUUCUCCGAGGACCACAAGGAGGCGCUCAACUUCCUGUCGCUGGUGCCCUGCUCGGUCACCGUCAGCUACAUGUUCGAGAGCCUGAAGUCGAAGCCGCCGCUGUACAGCACGGACCUGCCCGACGCCGACAACUUCUUCACAGAGCUGUGCUGCUGGCGGGUGAAGUGGAAGACCAAGGUGACCCUCACCAUCCCCGACACCAUCUUCCACACGCUGCGGCUGCCCGUCAUGCAGUACUUUGGCAACAUCAACACCCUUCUGAGGAUCAUGUCGGUGCUGCCCAGCACGGCGCUGGAGGACUGCGGCGCCAAGAUGCGGCACAAGUUGUUCCAGGAGUUCCUGAAGAACACGGAGCCCAAGGACCGCACCCCGUGUCUGGCCAUGCUCCAGGUGGGCACCGACUUCAACCGGGACCUGGACCGCAUGGUCACCCAGUGCCUGAAGGUCACCCCUCAGACUCUAGAGGGCAUCUGUCUGGAUAAGGAAUCCAAAACGUUAAUGAAGAACUCUGAAAAUAACAUGGAAGUUGACCAUCUAAAAGAUGAGGCCGAGGAGGUUGUGGUCCAGCCACCUGUCGACGCCACGGACGAGCAACCAGCCGAAGAGAACGGCCACACCGGGGACAACCAGCAGAGUCUGGAGACGGUGUUCCGCCUGGCCGCGCAGCUGGCCAAGAAGAACGGCGCCCUGGCCGAGAUCACCACAGACGAAACGGAGAGCAUCGUCCAGGAGCUGGGCCUGUGUCGCUGGCUCGGUGCCGACGGCCGAGGCAAACUCAACAUGGGGGAGACGGAAAUAGCCAUGCUGUUGACGAAAGGGAUCCGCGACGUGAUCCGCGACGUGAUCCUUCAGGAGAUACAGGAGUCCCCCUUCUUCUCCCUCAUCACCGACCGGCCCGUCAGAGUCGCCGACGGGAGCCAUUUGCCCGUCUUCGUCCGGUACGUCGGCGGAUCGGCCCCGAAAGUGGAGCUCCUCGGCUUCCUGCCUUUCGACGAGUCCUCCGUCGACGACGACGGACAAGCGAAGGCCCUCGCUAAGAUUCUGACUGAGGACUGGGGCCUGCCGAUGUCCCAGUGCCGCGGACAGGCCUAUAUGCGGUCGGGCUCCGGCUGCCAGAGUCUGAAGAUCAUGGCUCUGGAUUUCCUGAAGAGCUACCCGCUGUCGGUCGUCACGCCAAGCGAGUCCUGCGGCCUGGCCUACUGGCUGGCCGGAUGCGUGCCUUGCCCCCCGGUGACCAGGAUGCUGGACGUGGCGGAGGACCUGCUGCGCUUCUUCGACAGGUCCCCGGGCCUGGAGGCGCAGCUGGCGCAGGCGGUCGACGGGCUGCUCAACGCCCCCAUGGAGGCGCUGGAGGAGAGCCCCGAGACCUGCUGCUCGCGCUGGAAGAGGCGGGACGACUUCUUCGACGCCCUCGCCGACACGCUGGAGGGCGUCCUCAGCUGCCUCGACGCGGUCGGCGCCGCCGCCUCCGUCGGCACCACGGCGCUCUACGCCCAGGUGCUGGCGACGGCGGUGCGCAGCAUGGACUUCAUCGUGGCCCUGGUGAUCCUCAGGAACGCCUGCGCCCCGCUCCGCAACUGCAGCACCGUCUUCCGCUGCGGCAACCCGGCGGACAUCAUCGGCGAGGCGGAGAAGAUCCCCCAGAUCAUCGAGGCGCUGAGCAAGAUGCUGGAGAACAUCGGCGCCGUGCACGGGCCCUGGUUCGAGCACGCCUUCCAGCUGGCCUCCAAGUUGGGGCCCGAGCAGGUGUGCUUCCCCGAGGAGGCCAGCAACUACGAGUCGGUGGAGAUCUACUAUCGGGAGACCCUGAGCAUCCCCGUGCUCAAGUGCCUCAUCGAGGAGAUGAAGCACAGCUUCUCGGAGAGCCACCUGCAGGCCCUCUCGGUGCUCUCCCUGCUGCCCUCGUGCAACCCCCAGUCCAGCCUCGAGUCCACGGACAAGCCCUUCGGCGCGUACCUGACCGACCUCACGGACCCCGACACGGCGGAGAUGGAGAUCAACGCCUGGGCCGUGGCCUGGAGGGAGAAGUACCAGGAGGCCGCGCCGCCGGCGUCAAUAUCGGAGACGCUGCUCCACCCGGAGGCCCUGAGCCACCCCACCGUGACCUCCCUGCUGCGGCUGGUGGCGGUGCUGCCCAGCGUCAGCAUCGAGUGCGACCUGAUGAGGUCCAGCCUCAACGCCAUGAGGGACCUGCUGGAGGCCACCGUGUGCAGGGGCAGCAGGACGGAGCGCGUGAUGCUGCUCAUGCACCAGCAGACGCUGCGGAGGCUGCCCGAGCUCAUCCAGAGGUGCAUGGAGAUGGAUCCCGAGAGCAGGCCAUGUCUGGCCCAGGUCCUGGAAACCUUUCGAGGACUAAAGCUGAUCAAAGGCGCUGCCAUCGUUGAAUCCAUGGAAGAGGAACCGAGCGGCCCCGCAGUAGCGGACCCUCCCGCCGACGCCGUGGCGGCCCCCCAGGAGGGCAACGGCGUGCCGCUGCAGGAGGCCCUCCCGGAGGCCCUCCCGGGACCCCGCGGGCCCGUGUCCUUCUACGGGCCGCAGCUGCGCGAGGAGAUGCUGAAGGAGCUGUGGGACUCGCAGUUCUUCACCAUCAUCAUGGAGCAGGCGGCGGAGGUGGACGGCGAGCUCUACGUGCCGCUCUGCCUCCGCUACCUCAACAAGGAGGACAUCCAGUGCGAGGAGACGCUGGCCUUCAUCCCCUGCCACGCCGACGCCGGCGCCCUAGCGGACGCCGUGGAGACGGCGCUCUCCGAGAAGUGGGGGCUCAACAUGGCGUACUGCCGGGGCCUGGCCCUGCUCAGCGUGGGCCAGGCGGGCGCCCAGAUGCGGGCGGUGUGCGCGUCGCUCGCCGCCAAGUACCCGCAGGCGGUGCGCGCCGUCAGCUCGGCCGUGUCGCUCAACGUGUGGCUGGCGCGCUCCUCGCCGGUGCCGGAGGCGGCGGACGCCGCCGCGCUGACGGAGAACCUGCUGACGUGGUUCACGGCGGACGCGCGCCGGCAGAACAGGCUGGAGGACGCCAUCCUCGGCGCCUUCCCCCGCGACGAGGCGCGGGGCCACGAGCUGCGGGACAAGCUGGUGAAGAGCUGGGAGCGGAGCCACGACAUGCAGGAGCUGACGGCGGAGCUCCUAGAGCCUCUGAUGCUCUGCCUGAACGACCUCAAGGACGAGGGCGAGGGCGGCGGCGCUGCCGAGCGGCGGCAGGCCGGCGAGUUCUUCGACGCCGUGCGCCGCUUCGAGUUCCUCUUCGCCACGGUGGUGGGCAAGCACGUGCUGGCCGCCACGGGCAAGCUGAGCGCGUCGCUGCAGGGCAAGCCCCUGGACAUGCUGCUCGCCGUGGACACGCUGCCCGACCUCACCGAGGCCCUCGGCAAGCUGCGCUGCGACGUGGACGUCCUCCACAAGGCCUGGUUCCAGGAGGCCGUGGCCCUGGCCGCCCGGCUCCAGGUGCCCACGCUGCACCCCGUGCUGCUGGAGCCCCUGAGCGACUUUUACGCCGAGUCGGUCAGCGGCAGGGCGAUCGAGCACUCGGUCGCCGAGGUGGCCGACCUGUUCGCCGAGAAGGUCCUGGACACCCUGCGGGCGCUGGAGAUAGUGCCUUACGCCAUGUCCCGGGUGGAGACGCCAACCCUCGGCGGCCUUCUGUUCCGCCUGUACAGCGAGGACCUGCCGGACAAAGUGUCUCUGUUUCAGGAGAUCAAGUCGUGGAAGGAGAAGUGGCUGGACCCCUUGGCGGGGUACCUGCCCACCACCGUCCUGGACACGCUGAAGACGUCGCAGAUCCGCAGCUUCAGCAACAUCGAGACGCUGCUCAGACUGCAGGUGGUGCUGCCCUUCUCUCGCAAGGAGAGCUCCUUCAGGGUGGGCAAGAGGAGCCUGCAGGCGUUCAUGCAGCAGCAGAAGAGGUCGCUGGCCGAGCUGCAUCCUCUGUGAAAAUGUUGAUGGUGUUGAAGCCCCUCCCCCAGCCCCGCCCAACACAAGAUCAUGUAAACUAGCAAAGCUCUUGAGAGGUUGUUGACAGCGCCACACCUCUGAUUCAAUGUUCCUUAGCCCCCCCCCCCCUCUAACUUUUGAACUUGACCAGAUAAUUGAGUGGGUACAAUAUUAAUCAAGAUACUUUUGAACUCUUUUGUUUUCCUGUGUGCAGAGGGAAGACCUUUUUGUAAUUUUAUUUUUCUCCUGUAGUUUGAACGGUUGUACUGCCCCUUGGGACCAAUGUCUUGCCAAAAAAAAAAGAGUAAUGCUCAACGGAGGGUUAUCGAAGCUUGUGUGCCUUUAUGCAAUUCUACCCAACCAUCGGCUGCACCCUACAGAUGCAGGAAGUGACACAACCCCAUUAGGCAUUUGUUUUUAGCAUUACCAAAAAUGACUAGACUGUAAAGAUCACAUUAUGAAAUUGUUACAAAGUAAUUUCAAAUUGUUAAAUUGCACCAUUGUUUUCCUUUUUAGGCACACAUAGGUUAGAUUAGAUUAAUCAUUUAAUGUUUUUUUGAUUCCCCCUGUCAUCAUGUCCAUAUACAGGGGUCUAUUUGCUGUAACUGUAUCUUUGAAAGAAUGUUUCCAUGAUAGGAAAUCCCUCAUAUAUAUAUUUGUCAAAAAAAGUAAUAAAAUGCUUCUAAAAGAUGUCCUUCUCAGAUGAUCUUUACGUCCGUUUUUUGGUCUGUACUGUGUUAGACUACGUUACCACAAGGGGGCGCCAGGUGACCUUUAUAAGUCUACUCCCAAUCAAUGCAUGCAGUCCCAAAAGUGAGCUUUUUUUAUGUAUAUAUAUCUCCAAAGAAAUAAGGCAUCUUAUA